CGACUUGCAUCUUCACCUCCCGACUCCCCAGAUGACCGAAAUGAAACCUCGCCAGUUCGAGCCCAUCUCGAGGUGCAGCUGCAACAACAGGUCCAACCAAACCGUUGCAUCUGACCUGGAUGGAACCCUCCUCAGAUCAAGCAACGCCUUCCCUUACUACAUGCUGGUUGCGAUAGAGGCUGGCAGCCUUCUGAGAGGCCUCCUCCUCCUGCUCGCCAGUCCCUUUGCCUACUUCACCUACAUCUUCGUGUCCGAGUCCCUCUGCAUCCAGAUCCUCACCUUCAUUGCGUUCGCGGGACUUAGGCUGCGGGACGUAGAGAUGGUGUCGAGGGCGGUGCUGCCCAAGUUCUACUCAGGGGACGUCCACCCCGAGACCUGGAGGGCUUUCAGCUCGUUUGGCCGGCGUUACAUAAUCACGGCUAAUCCCAGGGUCAUGGUCGAGCCCUUCGUCGUCAACUAUCUGGGCGCGGACAAGGUGCUCGGCACCGAGCUGGUCGUCACGAAAUCCGGCUGGGUAACAGGGUUCGUCCGGCGUCCCGGCGUGCUUGUUGGCGAGCGAAAGCGGGAUGCCCUCGUGCGGCAAUUCGGUGAGAAUUUGCCGGACUUGGGGCUCGGCGAUCGCGAAACGGAUCACGACUUCAUGUCACUUUGCAAGGAAGCGUACAUGGUGCCUGCUACAAAAUGUGAGCCUGUACCGAGCACCAAGCUACUCAGCCCGGUGGUGCUACACGACGGCCGCCUGGUGCAGCGCCCCACCCCCCUGGUGGCUCUUUUAACUUUCAUCUGGCUGCCCAUCGGAUUCUUCCUUUCUCUGCUGAGGGUCUACCUGAACCUGCCUCUGCCUCGAAGUGCCGUGCGCCAUAUGUACAGGAUUCUUGGCAUCAAGCUCAUAGUUAAAGGAAUCCCUCCCCCGCCACCAAGGAAUGGCGAGAGCGGCAUCCUUUUUGUGUGCAAUCACAGGACGAUGCUUGAUCCAGUAAUCACAGCAGUUGCUCUGGGCAGGAAGGUCAGCUGUGUAACUUACAGCAUCAGCAAAUUAUCGGAGCUCCUCUCGCCGAUUAAGGCCAUUGCCCUGUCGAGGGACCGGGCGAGGGAUGCCGAGAACAUAAAGAGGCUGCUUCAAGAGGGUGACCUUGUCAUCUGUCCGGAGGGAACCACUUGCAGGGAGCCAUUCCUUCUGAGGUUCAGCGCGCUGUUCGCAGAACUGACGGACAGGAUUGUCCCCGUUGCCAUCAACACGAAGCAGAGCAUCUUCCACGGGACAACAGUUCGUGGGUGGAAGAUGUUUGAUCCCUACUUCUUCUUCAUGAAUCCAACGCCCACGUACGAGAUCACGUUCUUGAACCAGCUCCCGGAAGAGCUUACUUGUAAAGGUGGUAAGUCGGCCAUUGAAGUUGCCAACUACAUACAGAGGGCCAUUGCAGGGACUCUCGGGUUCGAAGCCACAAAUUUGACCAGGAAAGACAAGUAUGCAAUGUUGGCAGGAACAGACGGCAGCGCUGGCCCCAAGAAGGACAAGGCCCAGAGCAGCAGGGAGUGAAACUACAAGGAAACUUAGAUUGCUGGUGCGCUAGGAAUUUGUUUUUCGUAUUUUGCCGAUUUGAUGCGUGUAUUGUAUAGCACCUUUGCUCAGUCAAGGGUCGCCUGAUUAUAUUACAUCCGUGUGUUGAUUGAACCGUUCGAUCAGUAUUUGCUGGGGCUGUUAAAUGUCA